AUGUUGAGAGUUGGUUGUCCUGCUAAGAUAAAAUUUAGGUUUAGUAUUGGUGGGAAGUAUAUGGUGUAUUGUUUUUAUGAAUCUCAUUCUCACCCUUUUUCUACACCUAUUACUAGGCAGGUUACUAAAAAUGAAGUUGGUUUAAAUUUUUCUCAUAAGAAGUUUAUUUUUGACAACUCAAAGUUAAAUAUAGGGGCUGUUUUGUCUUAUAGGAUCAUGAAAGAACUUUGUGGUGGGUUUCAAAAUGUCAGCAGUAGCAAAAACGAUUUCAAAAAUUUUACUAGGGACUUGAAAGUUUAUGUCUCUUAUGCUGAUGAUGCAAUGUUUGUUCAGUACCUUGAACAAAAAGUGAAAACCAGUAAAGGGGGUUAUUAUUUUGAUUACUGUGUUGAUGAAAGUAGGCAUUUGACCCAUGUUUUUUGGGCUGAUGCUAUUGGUAGAAGAGAUUAUCAAUUAUUUGGGGACUCUUUAUCUUUUGAUUCUACCUAUGAUACAAAUAAAUAUUCAUUGGUUUUCUGUCCUUUUACUGGUGUUGAUAAUCAUAAGAGAUGUGUUACAUUUUGUGUUGCUCUAUUAUCUAAAGAAGACAUAUAUUCUUUUGUGUGGCUAUAUCAAACUUUUUUGAAAUGUAUGGGAAGAGAAUCCUCUUGUAUUAUCACUUAUCAAGAUCCUGCAAUGGGUAUUGCCAUAGAAAAGGUUUUUACCAAGACUAAACAUAGGCUAUGUAUGUGGCACAUAAUGAGGAAGGUACCUAAAAAGGUUGGAACUGCUUUUUGUAAUGAAACUGAUUUCCUGAAAAAGCUAAGUGCAGUAGUUUGGGAUAGAGAGAUUGAUCCUCAUGUAUUUGUUGAUGGCUGGAAUAGUGUUAUGGAGGAGUUUAACCUUGUUGAUCAUGAGUGGUUUGCAUACAUGUUCAAGAUUAAACAUCUUUGGAUUCCUGCAUAUUUUAGGGACUUAUUUAUGGGUGGGUUACUGCGUUCCACAUCUAGGUCUGAAGGUGAAAACAGUUUCUUUUGUAAUUUUACAAACCCUCAUGUGACCUGUGUUGAAUUCUUUGUCCAUUAUGAAACUGAUCUUGAUGCUCAAAGUUCUCUGUAUGGAGAUGGUGUGGAGUUUUCUGUUAUUGUUGAUCAUGAGAAAAGGAAAAAUUUUGAUGUAAAUUUUGACUUGGCAACAUAUGAGUCAAGUUGUACUUGUAGAAUGUUUGAGAGUCAAGGUAUUUUAUGUAGACACAUUUUGUUUGUUAUAAAAGGCAAGUUUAUACGUGAAAUUCCUGAUGCUUAUAUCUUGAAUCGUUGGAGAAAAUUUGUUCUGAAGAAAGCUUUUGCCAUAUAUGUUGCUCUGGAUGAUGCUUCUAAGUAUGAUAAGAAGAAGCAAUUGGUCAGUGAUGUAUGGUCCAUGAUUUUCAGUUGUGUGAGUUUAACUGACCAAUCUGAGGAUAAUUUAUCUAAGCUUAUUAGGACAUUAUCUUCAUUUGAGGAGCAGAUGAUAUGA